CACCUCUUAACUAACAACAUAACAACACACACACUCCUCGAGUGCACCCAUUCAAUAACCAAACCAAUAACCAUCGGCAGUGCAUCAACGUCCUUCCUGGAAGACCCACGCGUGCACCACCACCGUCUCCUCCAUCAAAUCAAAAAAAAAAACCCUCUAUAAAAGUUUGAUUUUUUAUUUUUUUGCAACAUCUACAAUGAGGCAGUCCGUGGUUUUGGUUGCGGUCGGUUUGGCCGUUCUUGCGUCUCUGGCCAGCGCGAGGACUCUCGAGAAAAGGGACACGUACGACGCCAACCUGGAUCCAGCCCUGCAGGAAAUCGAUUCCGAUGACAAUGUGAGGGAUAAGAGACACCAGGAUGUGAAAUUCGGAGUGAAGAACGCAAUUUUGGGCUUUGUGUUUAACAAAAUCAAUUCGUUCAUCGACCAGAAGACCCAUUGGGUGGACCAGUUGGACAGGACCAACAUUGCCAAGAACAGGCAGCACGGAAUCGAAGCACCCAAGGAUCCGGUCACUAGUCUCUCUAGCGUCAUUUCCGGCGCGAUCGGCAAGAAACUGGAAGCCGCCGGACCACUGAUCGGCGUCGCCGUGCAGACACUCACUUCCGGUUCCGGUGGACUCUCCGGCGGCGGCCACGGCGGUUUCAACAUCGGCUCCCUUUUGGGCGGUCUCAGCGGAGGCGGUGGAGCAGCCGCCACCGGCGGUGAAGCUCACGCCGAGGUCUCCGCCUACGCCGGAUAAUUCCGCGCACAUCCUCCGAACCAAUUCCAUCCAAUUCCUCCAGCCAAAUUUUAAAGAGAGAAAAAACAAAAGAAAAAAGUAUCAACCAUUCCACCGAACCAACCCUAAACCCCCCCUUGUAAAUACGAUUUUCUUCUGCGCCGCCACCAACCUACGACGGCAAAGUCACUAGUUUUUAAGGAAUUUUUAUGUUUCGUCUCUUCCUUGUCUCUUAUUUUGUACAUUAGUCAUCCAGAAAAUUGAAUCCCCCCAUCCAUCCAAAACGAAAUCCCUUUAACCUCCUUCUUUUUUUUUUAAUUAUUUUUUGUGAAAGCGGAAAUUGUGAUCGCUUUUAUAUUUAUUAUUUUUUAAUUAUUAUUUUGUAUGUAGUGUUUUAAAUGCAAGCACACCAAUCUUUGUAAAUUCCUUCAGCGAUUUUCUCCUAUUUUAUUCUACAUAUUAUUUUGUUUUUCAUAUGCUUCAAACACUCCCAAUUUGUUUCCACUGGUU